UGAAUCUCCUUUGGUGUUUCAAAUACUCGACCUUUGGCACCCGUCAGUUGUUCCGCCACCAACUUUAUAGCACUUGAACAAAUAAAUUGCAUGAACCCGAUGUUACCAGUUACUUUUACCCGAGUCUUGAAAAACGAGGGGCAGAAUGGAGUGCACUGGCCAUCUUGCAGAAGAUCCCUGUCAUGGAGGGGCACCGAUUUCUAGUGCGAGUCACAACCUGACAAAGUGCCGUCUAGUCGAACACGCACGGGGUUUCAGUAUUGCGUACAGUUCUUGCCCGACCGAUUUUCGAAUUGACUCUCGAUUUGGGGUUACACACCCGUUGGUAUAUCUAAUCUGACCUCCCCUCGAGAUCAGCACGGCUUUAGGCCCAUUUCCAGCCUAUGCGAACGUAAACGAGUUCACCGACCUCAUUCUCCCAUACCCACCCAAUAUGGACGUCGCGAAGAAAGCAGUCGACUCUGUCGCCGAGGGAGUCAAGAAUGUCGCCAUCAAUGACAAGAAGGGUGGUAAAAAGGAGAAGAAGCCGAAGACGGGCGGCAACGAGUCAGCAGGUCCUCUCGAGAUGAAGCCCGCCCCCGACUUUCUCCAGCACCGACUCGACCUGUUUGAUCGUCUGAAGAAGGAACAAGAUGAAGAGCUUGCAAAGAAGCCCCGCGAGCCUAUCACUAUAACCAUGCCAGAUGGCAGUGUCAAGGCCGGCACUGCGUACGAGACCACCCCCGGAGACAUUGCCAAGGGCAUCAGCAACAGCUUAUACAAGCGCACUGUCGUGGCAAGACUGGAUAACGACAAGGAGCAACUCUGGGACUUGGACAGACCGCUAGAGAAAAGUUGCAAGCUGGAACUCUUAGACUUCGAGGAUGAGCAGGGCAAGUUCGUCUUCUGGCAUUCAAGUGCGCACAUUCUGGGAGAAGCUUCCGAGAGACGCUUCGGCUGCAGUCUGUGCAUAGGUCCUCCAGUCAGCGAUGGUUUUUACUACGAGAUGGCUCUGCCGGAAGGAGCUGCCGUCCAGGCCUCUGACUGGAAGCCUCUCGAGACUAUUGUGUCCUCCAUUGUCAAGGAGAAGCAAAAGUUUGAGCGACUUGUCCUAUCCAAAGAGCACCUGUUGGAAAUGUUCAACUACAACAAGUAUAAGCAGCACAUCAUCAAGGACAAGAUCGCAGACGGGACCUUCACCACUGUCUACCGCAAUGGCCCUCUCAUCGAUCUCUGCCGAGGACCUCAUGUGCCAGACACCGGCAGGAUCGAGGCAUUCGCCAUCAUGAAGAACUCCGCUUCGUACUUCCUGGGCGAUAACAAGAACGACUCCCUGCAACGAAUCUACGGUGUCUCAUUCCCUGACAAGAAGCAAAUGGCUGCGCAUAAGAAGUUCCUGGAAGAAGCAGCCAAGCGCGAUCAUCGCAAGAUUGGCAAGGACCAGGAACUUUUCUUCUUCAGCGACAUGUCGCCAGGGUCUGCCAUGUGGCUACCACACGGCACCAGAAUCUAUAACACCCUGCUGGAGUACAUCCGGGAGCAAUACUGGAAGCGUGGCUACCAGGAAGUGAUUACCCCCAACAUGUACAACUCUGAACUGUGGAAGGUUUCUGGUCACUGGAAUUUUUACAAGGACGACAUGUUCGUCAUUGACAUGGAAGAGGACCUCAAGUUCGGUCUGAAGCCCAUGAACUGCCCCGGCCACUGUCUCCUAUUCGGCCAUCGCGAGAGGUCUCACCGAGAAUUGCCGUGGCGGGUUGCCGAUUUUGGAGUUUUGCACAGAAAUGAGGCAUCUGGUGCUUUGUCCGGUCUCACCCGUGUGCGGAGAUUCCAGCAAGAUGAUGCACACAUUUUCUGUCGGGAAGAUCAGAUCAAGGGCGAAAUGGCUGAUCUCUUUGACUUCUUGCAUGAAAUGUAUGGAUUGCUAGGUAUGACGUUCAAGUUGAAGCUCUCCACCCGUCCCGAGAAGUUCAUGGGCGAGAUUGAGACGUGGGACCGAGCCGAGGGUAUGCUGAAGGAGUCCCUGGAUGCGUUCGCUGCGGCAGAAGGCGGUGUUCCGUGGACGUUGAACCCUGGAGAUGGUGCCUUUUACGGACCCAAGAUUGACAUCACCCUUGUCGACUGCCUGAGCCGCGAGUGGCAGUGCGCUACCAUUCAGCUAGACUUCCUGCAACCUCAGAACUUCGGUUUGGAGUACAUGACGGCCGACAACUCUGCGAAUGCCAAGGCCAAGGAGGAGGAGCCAGAGAAGGCCGAGAAAUCUGCUGCCGGACCGCCUAGAAUCAAGGUCAAGAAUCCUCAGGCCAUCAUCGACUCCGCUACAGCCGCUAAGGAGGGCGUUCCGAACCCUGCCACUUCCAAGGACCAAGCCAGCGGAGCCAAGGAGGCCCCUAAGCGUGCAAUUAAGCCGCUUAGCCAGGGUUGUGCUCGACCAGUCAUGAUCCACCGUGCCAUGGCAGGCAGCAUAGAGCGCUUCACGGGUAUCCUCUGCGAACAUUUUGCCGGCAAGUGGCCUUUCUGGCUGUCACCGCGGCAGAUCUUGAUCAUCCCGGUCGGUGUGGGCUUUUACCCAUAUGCCGAGGAGGUCCAGGGCGUCUUCAAGAAGGCGAAGAUGUUCGUCGACGUUGACCUUAGCGGCAACACCCUACAGAAGAAGGUCCGCACGGGUCAAUUGGCCCAAUACAACUUCAUCUUCGUCGUUGGAGACGAAGAAGUGAAGGGCAGACAGGUCAAUGUGCGUUGGCGAGACGACACCAACGCCCAGGACCGUGGCAAGCCAAUUACCCUGGAUGAGGCCGUUGAGAAGCUUACAAAGCUUAAGGAGGAUCGUGGCACAUACAACCCGUUCCCGUCGAUCGUAAAGCCGGCAAAGGAGGGUGAGGAAGCCAAAUAGAUGCUGGACAGUGCCGAACCGAGUAAUGACGAGAUUACGGUCGAUACCCACAGCCAACAUGCAUAGAGGAAAAGAGACAACCAUUUGACAUGACCAUGACGAAGCAACUCCAUAAUGGCUAAUCCUCUAUCCUGUUCUCUUUCUGCCUGAAGCAAAGGUUCUAGUGCGAUACUCUUAUGUACGUUGGUGACCACAAAAAGCAAUGUAACAAACACCGUCCCAGUGUCAGCAAACCACUCAGACAACUAUAAUACAAGCCUCGGCAUAAUAGGUACAGUGCUAUGACAUAGUCGAAACCAAUAGCGGCUCUUGUAGUACUUAGUUAGCGUUGAGACGUCGAUAGAUGUCUUUCAUAAUACCUACAGUGGGCAAUUAUAUACGUCCAGUUGCCCCAAACCAUCCGUAGCAAUGCUAUGAGGUACAAGAUGCAACUUAGACCGAAAAUUAUCCUAUG